CUGAAUAGUGAAUCUUUCACUGAUAAAAUUAAUCACACUGAUUGUUCCAUUCCAGCCAAAACUCAAGUGUCCUCUUCGGACGGAUGUUACGAUUCGGACAAAAAGUGUUCCAUAUGGGCCAGUCAAGGAGAGUGUCAAUCGAACGCUGUUUGGAUGAUGUCGAACUGUCGUUUGUCGUGUCAUAGCUGUCAAGGAGGAGAUAAUGCUUGGAAAUUACGUGCCUACAUAGCAUCAACAUAUGAUAAUGAUACAAGCAGGAACGCAAAUAUCUACAGAAGAGUUCAAGUGCAAAGUAUUCGACUGAUUCAUGUUGAAAUGGAUGAGGAAAAGCAGGACGUUCAAAUGCAUGGCAGAAUGGUUCUGAGUUGGAAUGAUACGAAAAUUGCAUGGAAUCGACAACAGUGGGGUGUUUCUUGGGUGAAUUUCUACUGGGUUCAGAUUUGGACACCACAGCUGAUACAACUCAAUGCGCCAUCGUCAUUGCCUGCAACAAUUUCCAACAAAGUGCUUGCCGCGAACCAUACAGGUCAAGUGUAUAUGUGGCUGGAUUUCACGUUCAAUGCCCCAUAUCAUUUCCAGUAUGAGCACUACCCGAACGAUUAUCAGAAAAUUUGCUACAAAUUCGGCGAUAAAAACUACCUUUCGACUAGGUUCACUGUUUCUGACGAAGUUAAGAGUAAGAAACGUGAAGAACUAAGUAACACACAUGCAAGCGGAUGGACAAUUGAAUCACUGCAAGUUCAGGAUAAUAAAUAUGCAUCUGAAAUGUUAAGCGAUUGGCGACGUGAUCCGUAUGAUUUGGAACGAACAAAUUGUGAAUUGUGUGCUAUACUGAAGCGUAAUUCGGUGUAUUUUAUCAGUGAAAUGUUGAUGCCCUCACUGAUAACAUCCAUGAUAACAAUCGCAUCACCCUUACUGCAACUCUCCAGCAAUCAAUCGCUCGUGGCCGCCUUCUCGAUUCUUGCUCAAAUCUUCUCGCUUUCGCUCAUCAAUCAACGACUACCUGCAUUCGCAGCACACACACCAACAAUUCUGAAAUACGCGGCAUUCAAUCUUGUCAUGAGCGGAGUCGUCUUCAUCGUCUCGCUAAUAUUACGUCGUAUCGCGCAAACCGAAUCAACAAUACCACCCCCGCAUGUGGUCGAUCAAUUCGUUACUCUGAUCAAUCGUUUUCUACCGAUUUCCUCUUCGCCGGCAAGCACCAAAGAAGUCGAUAAUUCGCGAAAUCAGCACGCACCGUUUGCACAUUGUGUCAACAAUCUGAUGUUUCUGUUCACUUUGUGCAUAUACCUCAUUGUCAUCACUGCAUCUUUCAUAUUCUAA